GAUGACGUAAUGGUAAAUAUGGCGUCUGAGAAAUAGAAAUAGCCGUGUAUCGUUCCGUACAAAAGUUAAAUUAUUUAGUGCAGCAGCGUUGAAAAAGUGCUUAAAAAGUGUUCAAACUGUGUUGAAAGUGUUCCAUAUAGUGAAUCAAAUAAAGUUUUAUCAACAGUGUUGCAUUUGCAUUGAAGACAGAAGAUAAUUACUGUUGCUGAUUUUCAUCAAUCAAAAGGUGAAAGAUGCCCGCCGAAUCUAUUAAAUCAGAUCCGCCCGGAUCUGAAGCUAAAAGCCUGCCGAAAAAGAAACCUGUAGUUUCCGGACGAGCAGCAUUGGCUAAAAUCACAUUAUUAGACGGUUCGGUCUUAGAUGUUUCAAUCGACAGAAAAGCAAAAGGAAAGGAUCUAAUGAAUUCCAUUUGUGCUGGCUUGAACAUUUUAGAAAAAGAUUAUUUUGGAUUGUUAUACAAUACAGCAGUAGAUCCACGAGUUUGGUUGGAUUUAGACAAGCCAGUUACAAAAUUUUUCAAAACUGAUCCUUGGGUGUUAACAUUUGCAGUCAAAUUUUAUCCACCCGAACCAGCUCAACUGCAGGAAGACAUCACACGAUAUCAUCUGUGUCUACAGGUUCGCAACGACAUAUUAGAUGGUCGAUUACCGUCCACCUUCGUAACACAUGCAUUACUCGGUUCGUAUUUGGUACAAUCCGAGCUUGGUGACUAUGAUCCGAACGAGCACCGAGAUCGAGGUUACUUGAAAGAAUUCAAAUUCGCUCCGAAUCAGUCACCCGAAUUGGAAGAGAAAGUGUUGGAUUUGCAUAAAACACACAAAGGCCAAACACCAGCAGAGGCCGAACUCCAUUAUUUAGAAAAUGCUAAGAAGUUAGCAAUGUAUGGAAUCGAUUUGCAUCCAGCAAAAGAUUCAGAAGGAGUUGACAUAUUGCUGGGUGUUUGUGCGUCGGGAUUAGUUGUUUAUCGGGAGAAACUGCGAAUAAAUCGCUUUGCCUGGCCGAAAAUCUUGAAGAUUUCCUACAAACGUCACAAUUUCUACAUCAAAAUCAGACCGGGAGAAUUCGAGCAGUACGAGUCGACAAUUGGAUUCAAAUUGGCUGAUCAUCGAAGUGCUAAAAAAUUGUGGAAAGCCUGCGUUGAACAUCACACGUUCUUCAGACUGAUGACUCCCGAAAAUACGGAAAAAUCCGGUUUGUUCCCGAAAUUGGGCUCCAAAUUCCGCUACUCCGGAAGGACCAUGUAUCAAACGAAUAAAACACCGGUCGAUCGACCAGCACCGCUAUUCGAGAGAAGUUUGACCGGUAAACGGUUGACCAGUCGUAGCAUGGAUGCAUUAGCGUUGGAAAAAGAGAAAGAGAAAAACGCCAACAAACGACACACUCUGUCGAAUCCACCCGAUCAUAUUCCUGACUUAGAUUCUCCAAGACAGUCGCGCAGUCCACUCAAGAAGGACAAAAAAGAGAAGCUGAAGCGAGAAUCAAGUACUGGUACAGCUUCACAGUCAUCUCAGAGUUCUAUUGAGGGUGAAUAUGAAACAGCUGGAACUAAUUUGAAUGAGCAGAAACCUACUGGUGGCAUUGCUGUUCUACCAACUGGAAAGAAAUCUAAAUCAAAGGAAGCCGUAAACGGAAAUGAAACUGAUCCGAAUGACACUUUGAAUACGUCCGAUGAAAAAUCACCACCUGGAAAGAGAAAGGGUGGUAUUUUCUCAUCCGGCCGAAAAUCGCCAAAAGACAAAUCACCGAAAGACAAGAAAGGCGAUAAAAAUAUUGCUGUGGCAGUUGCUGAACAACCAACGAAUGAAGAUUUGAAACAACAACAGCAAUAUUCGCCCACUGGUCACACAAAACCAUACGAAUACACCGAUCAAGAUCCCAACACUAGCCCGACUCGACGUACAUACAUACCGGGAGGAUUCCGUUACGACGAAGAUCCAAAUGUCAGAAAUCGUGACUCGGAGACGAGCCAAUUGAGUCCAAAUUCGCAAGCCAGACGAGCUACUGGUCUGGCCUUCAAUUAUGCUCCCGGCGAAGAUGAUAAAUUGAAAGAACAAGCCGAGAAGAGAAAAGCGGGUGAAUUGUCACCGAGAAGCAAAGCGAAAUUAGGUGCAGACGGUGCAGGCGAUAAAGGUGCUAAGUCAUAUUCGCCUAAUUCAAAGCCUGGGGCUACUCCAGGAACUCCUGGUUCGUACAAACCAUUGACCGACGGAAAACCAGAUCAAACAACCUCAUUUUUGGACGGAGAACGAGCUGCGGCGCAUGUCCCAACCGAACCGAAGAAGAAACGUGUCAAGAUUUUGGUUAUUGUGUCGAAAUUCGAUCCAAAAACUAAACGAAUUGAUGCUGGAAAUGGUCAAAUUGAGCAUUCAACAGGUAUCUUAGAUACCGAGACCGGUAAAAUCGAAUCGAAGUAUGGUGUCAUUGAUCCGAAGAAGGGUACCGUUGAGGCGGUGGACACACGAUCGGGACAAGUAGCGACAUUCGCAGGAACUGUGGAUGCUAAAUCUGGAAAUUUGCACUUAACCAGUGGUGUUGUUGAUCCUAACACUGGAAAAACGGAUGAUAGUUUGGGACAAAUUAUUUGCAUAGCUCCAAACGAUAACCCUGUGGUGGAAAUCACCGCCAUUACGGGCAAAAUUGAUUCCGGUAAGAUCGAUACUGUCAAUGGAGAUAUUGAACGAUCUCGUGGUGUGUUGAACGUCAAAACUGGCUUUAUCGACACUAAGUAUGGUCAAAUCAAUGUAAAAACGGGUGAAGUGAAGACUAUUGAUCCGAAGUCUGGUAAAUCAAUCACCAGACCGGCUAAGCUCGACAAAACAACGGGUCACAUUUUGAUAAAUGGCGUUAUUGACCCUAAGACUCAGAAAUUGGAUAAUGACUACGGCCAUUUGAUCGCCAUUGGCUCGCAGAUCGAUCCUGUCGUAGAGGUCACAGCAUUAUCGGGUAAAUUGGACAAGAAAGGCAUAAUCGAUCCGAAAACAUUGACCAUCGAAAAUUCCACUGGUCAGGUUGAUCCAAAUAGUGGAAAGAUCGACACUAAAUACGGGCAAUUUAACUUGGUGAAGCACACACUUGUGACCACCGACCCCAAAUCAGGAAAAACCGAAACCAAGGACAUUAAAAUUGAUCCGACAACUGGCCAAAUCGUUGUCAAAUCGGGUGUUGUUAAUCCAAAAACUGGAAAAGUUGACAAAGACUACGGUCAGAUUAUUUCUUUGAAGAUUGUCAACAAGCUUCUCGAUCCCGCCACGGGUAAAGUUGUGUCAUCUGCCGAAGGAAAGGAUAUCAUCAUCGAUCCCAAGAACAAUCAAAUUUGGAUAGCAGGAAAGAAAGACCCGAAGUCUGGUGAAACCAUCUACUCUUCGAGUCAUGUCGACCCGAAAGGCUAUGUCUCAUUGAUUCAUGGCUAUUUGAAUCCAAAAACAUCGGAAGUGGAUAAACAAGUUAAGUUAGACCCAAAUCUAACGAAAAUUGAGCCAAUUUCCGGACAAGUACUCACUUCGACCGGUGAAGAAGAUUCCGUUACACGUGAACCACUGUUCGCUGUAAGUCGUUUCGAUCCAGACACAGAAGAUGUUGUAACCACGAUUUCAAAGGUAGACCCUCAGACUGGUCGCAUAACCAUUGUUUACCUGACUCCGUUGCUUAAAAAGGAAGCCCCUGCUUCAUCUGAAAGCAGCGCCACACCAAAACCAGCAGAUAAUAAGUCAGCAUCAACGCCACAACAGCCAAAGUCUGCGGCGAAACCAGUGUCAACACCGACACCUCCACCAGUUACACAAUCUCAACAACAGCAGCAACAACCAAAACGUGUUGCAACUGCAGGAGAUGCAUUUAUUCCAGUACCAGCCGGUACAGCUGUUAAGGAAAAUCCUCUCAUUGAAAUCGUCGCUGUUAUUGGCAAAGCGGAUCCGAAAACUAACAAAAUUGAUGCAAAAACAGCCGAAAUUGAACGAACGCGAGGUCUCUUAAACAUCGACACGGGUUUCAUCGAUACUAAAUACGGUCAGAUCAACCCGCAAACAGGCGAGGUGCGUGACAUCGAUUACAAAACUGGCAAUGUCUCAUCAACCAAAAAAGCAAACGUUGAUCCAUUCACCGGCCAGAUAACCAUCAAAGGCGUCGUCGACAAAAAUGGAAAACUCGAUCCUAGCCUUUCGCAACAGUUGACAUUUGGAACGGAAGUCGAUCCAGUGGUUGAAGUCACAAGCAUAUGCGGCAAAUACGAUGCCAAAAAGGGUGUAAUUGAUCCGAAAACCGCUACCGUUGAACAGAGCGUUGGAAAUAUCAAUAAGGAAGACUUCAAAAUUGGCACAAACUACGGCACGUUUGAUUUGCUUAACAACACCGUUGAAUUUAAGAAUCCGAAAACGAAUAAAUUGGAGAAAAAAGAAGCAAAGGUUGAUCCGAUCACCGGGCAAAUAAUCCUGCGCAACGAAGUAAAUCCGAAGUCAGGAAAACCAGAGAAAGACUUUGGUCGCAUUGUGUCAUUACGAAUUGUGAACAAAAAGAUUGAUCCUCGCACGGGAAGUGCAGUCGCUAGUUCGAUUGAAACGAAAGACAUUAUCGUUGACCCUAAAACGAAUCAAUUAUGGGUGCCAGAUGGUGUUGAUCCGGUAACUAAGAACACAAUCUACACAAGCACACAGGUGGACCCGAAGGGCUUUAUCAUCACCUUGUACGGUUACCUCAACCCGAAAACGAAUAACAUUGAAAAAAUCACAUCAAUCGAAUCGAACAUAACUAAAGUCGACCCAAUCUCGGGACAAGUAUUCACCUUAGUACCCGGCGAAACCGACCCCGCUUCCGGUCAACCACUGUAUGCAACUUCCCAAAUCGAUAACGAGAGUGGCGAGAUUUAUACAAAAGUUGGAAAAAUCGACCCGAAAACCGGAAAAUUGGUCUUGAUACGGAUAAUUCUAUUGACGCGAAAGGAUGCACAAGGACGACCCCAAGAAGUGGAUCCUGAGAGCUGUGAUAUCGAUCAAGUUACGGGCCGCAUUCGAAACAUUUUCAACAAAACCGUCUACGUCUACAAUAUGAUUGAUCCUGUGACGGGAGAAAUCGUUCAGGUUGAUCCUGACGAUCCUCGCAUGGCAGGUGCUCGUACCACAGUAACUCAAACCAUGACCUUGAGCGGCAAAAUUGACCCCAACACGGGCCGAAUUAUAACCGAGUACGGUCACAUUGACCCCGAAACAGGCGACAUCGAUCCCACAACAGCGGUCAUUGACCCCGUGACGGGAAAACUCAUCUUGAAUUAUGCACAAAUCGAUCCGAGUCACUUCGGAAAGGAGGUUCAGGUGACAAAAGAGACUGUACCGAUAACGCGCGACCAAUUUUACGAUGGCAUUAAGCAUAUGGGCAAAAAUGCACUCCGACGGGACUCGGAGGCUAGUUCCGAUGAUGAUGUCGCACAGUAUGGCACCGAUGUCAGCGGCCCCGAAGGUACAAAGUUAGGAAAGUUUGUCAGUACGCCAACGGUGGUGAAGACAACAACAAAACAGGUUUUGACCAAGAACGAGGAUGGCGUUACGCACAAUGUGGAAGAGGAAGUCAGAAAUUUAGGAACCGGUGAAGUUAUGUUCUCAACGCAGGAACACAAGGCUGAUGCACCAGUCGAUGAUUCCGCUGGUGCAUAUGUGACAGCAACGGCUGUCACAACCAGAACGGCAACGACACAUGAAGACAUAGGUAAAAAUGCAAAGACACAACAAUUGGAAGAGAAAACCGUUGCGACUACAACCACACAUAAUCUAAAUCGUCAAGAACAGCGUGUUGUAACUCAAGAAGUGAAGACAACCGCAACCGUUACUAGUGGUGAACAGUUUAAUCGCAGAGGUAGUAUUUCCUCAACAAGUUCUGGCGACUCUGGAACUCCAAUUGAUGGACCAUACGAUAGUUCGUUGACCCCCUCAAUAAAGGACGAUUUAAACACAACGACAACGAUUGAUCCGAACCAUGUGGUACUCGGGGAAAAUAGUGCGGGAUACACAGCCGAUGGUGAAAUUAUUUCAUCACAAACAGUCAGCAGCAAAACGCGUACUGUUGAAACUAUAACGUACAAAACUGAACGAGAUGGUAUAGUCGAAACUCGAGUAGAGCAGAAAAUUACAAUUCAGUCAGAUGGAGAUCCAAUCGACCAUGACAAAGCAUUGGCUGAAGCUAUUCAAGAAGCUACAGCCAUGAAUCCAGAUAUGACUGUGGAGAAGAUUGAAAUUCAGCAACAAACCCAACAAUAAUUUACAGUUUAAGUGAAGAAAAAGAAAUUUCUUUUUAUUUUAAUGAUUUUUAUUAUUAUUUUCCUUUUAUUUGGAAUAUUGUCACAGGAAAAGUUUAUAUUUUAGAUUGUUAACAAUUAAGAAAAGGAAAAAAAAAUCUAUACAGCAAGACCUGCAUAUUACAAAAACAAAAGCUGUUUACUUAUCCAUCACACAGACACACAGUAUAAAUAUUUAUGUAUUUUUAUCACUUCAGUUUUUUUUAAAUUAAUUAUUAAUAAAAAAAAAAGUUUUCUAAGAAAAAUGAUCACCGUACUACAUUCGUUGAUUCAAUAAAAUCAAAUUUUGUUCAGUCGAAUAAAAUAAUGAAAAAAGGAUAAGAAAAACCCAAGUGUUCACCGAAAAAAAACAAAGAGUUUUUUGGUAAGUUUUUUUCGAUUUUCUUCGUAUAAUAAAAAAAUAAAAAUUAUAAUUGUUGGAGAAGCAAGCUUAAAAGAACCAAUAUUUUUUUUAGCUUUUUUAAAAAAUCACAAUAAAUUUGCAAGAAAAUAUAUUUUAUAAAAAUUGAAAACAUAAGAAAAAGUUUAGAUUAAUGUUUUAAGGUAUAGCUUUGAUAAAGAAAUAAAAAUAUUUUGAGAGAAUUAAAGUGAAAAUUUGAAAAAAAAUAAUAAUUUUGGAAACGUGCUUUUUGUUCCGCAAUUUAUGGGAGAACUAAUCAAUAAAAUUGAUUGGAGUCAAAAAAUUUCUUCGUUUUUUUUUCUCUCUCUUGUCACUGUCAAGCAUUAUUACAUUAUAGCAUUAUUAUAUCUAGAUGAAAAACCAUUAUAAAUUUGAUGUUAGAAACUCUGUAUGAUGUUAGUGCCUAUUUUGAAGAAAAACAACUAAAUGAAAACAAAUCGCGUUUAUUCAGCUAAUCAUUUAUUUAAUUGUGCUCCCAUUGUCACAUAAAAAGGACCCAUUUUCUGUGCACUAAAUAUUAUGUAGGUUCUCUGAUUAUAAUGGAAGGAAAUUUUUGGAAUAGAAAGUAAUCGAUAAAAUUUCAAUAAACAAAGAAAACUUUAUGAUUAACAUUUUAUGGGACUAAGAAUAGUUUUUUUUUUGUAUCUAAUUUUAUGAAUCGACUCUUUUCGGAAUCUCUGCGAGAAAAUUUUUUGUUAUGUUUUAAGGUAACUGAUUGCGGAAGUGAACUUUUUUUGUUUGUCAUCAGAAUAAUAUUACAUCAAAAAUUUAUAAAUACGCAAAGCAAAGCUUUCAAGUUCGUUUUUUUUAAAUUAAUUUUAUUUUAUUUUUUACUUUUAUUUUGUAUUAACAUUCCACACGUACUAUAAAACUUUCACUAAAAAUGAAAACUCAAUUUUUUUGUUGUUUAAUUUAAAGAUUUUUCUUCUUGACUUUUUUUAUCGCUUACUCUUUCGGCAAAGGAAUUUUCGUUUUUUCAGUUUGGCGCGAAUUCCUUUUUGGUAAAUUGGUCGGAAAUGUAGAUACAACUAUCCGGUGAAAAUUAAUUGAAUUUAAUUUGUUUGAUAAGAACAGACACAGUUUAAAUUGUGGGGCAAAUAACCGUAAGUGUGAGCCUGGCGAGUGGAUUUUUUUCAGAUAAUUUUCAUUGACAGAGAAAUGAUUACUUAUUACGUGUUGGAUCGAUUCGAAAUGACACCAUUUAGGUUACAUUUCUCUGUCUUCGAAAAACUUUUAAAGAAUUUAUUUGACAAAUAUUGCGAAGGUUUUAGGUGACUAACAACGAUUAUGCGCUCCUCAGUUUAAACCAAGAGGCUUUUUUAGGGAAGUUUGAAAUUUUACAAAAUUCACCAAAAUUAGAUGAAACUUUUUAAAUCAAUUCCGUUAUAUCAGGCCUCUUCCUUGAAUUCAUUAAACCACUGGCCACUGACAAGUGUAUCAUCACUUUUACAAGGAGAAAACAUUUUUUACUGCACUUUUUAUUUUACCGUAAUUUUGCAACGCGCACAACUGUUCAUUUUGACGAAUUAAUCGAUCUUUAACCGUCACAAAAUGGAAACGAAAUAAGUAAGGCAGUCAUGUGGCUAUAAAUAAUUUUUUACGAUUUACAAACUGUACUUCCUGUAAGCUCCAACUAUCAGCUCAUUGUUUAAAACGAAAGAAAAGUGAAAAAAUGGCAAAAUAAUACACAAAAUGAAAGAAGAACUAAAGUGAAUAACAGAGAAGUUGUUUUAUAAUUUUUAUGUAAAAGAAGAAGAUAAAACCGUAACUGUUGUCUAAGAAUGCAAAAAAAAGAGAACGACAAAUCUGUAAGUUUUAUCAUAAUAGCCUAGCUUCUAAACUUAUACUAUCUUUACAAUUGGAUCGUAAAGAUUUCAGCCGUAAUUUUAGGCUAUUUUUCAAUCUUCUUGGUAAAGUUUUUAAAAACUAUAACCGGACGUUCAGUUACAAUUGAAAUAAGAAAAAAAAACAAAACUACUUUCGGUCUCUGUAAUUACGAAGAAAAAGAAAACAAUUUUAUGUAUUUUAUUGAAUAAAAAUGAAUAAAUCUAUUUAAUGCUUAAAACAAA